GCUGUUGUUGUUGUUGUUGUAAUGAAUCUUAUUUGUUUCAAUCCAGUAGGUCUUUCUUCCAGAAGUGUCGACUGUCUCUUUAAGAGGGUUCGUCUUGUGAACAGAGUGUCGGUUUACAUCUCAGACUCCUCCUCCUCCGUUCUGAUGAGGGUGUUUCUUCCUUCUACCCUAGUCCACUUCUAUCAUCCAGGGAUACAAAUGUUUCUUGAUCCACAUUCGAGUGAGUCUGUCAUCGGAGCUGAAUUAUAAAUAUUAAACAUACAGUCGGGAAGUUCGUGCGCCUUCAAUCAAACCAUGGGAUUGACACACUGACACGGAAAGAUUUGGAAGAGAAACUCUGAAGGAACUGGACUGGCUGAAACUUUGUAUCCACACCUUUGUCUCGCGAAACUUUUUUCGUGCAUGACUUUUCGUCCUGUGCAGGAGUAUCCGAAGAUUCCAGGCACGCGAAUGGAUAUUAAAUGAUGGACUGUUUUCGGGGGGUUAUUUCAGUGUGGUUUAGUAGGAAGCAAACCCCAAUCCCCAACCCUCAGGCUUCUGAUCUGAUCAUGGGAAAACUGGGAAUGUCUUGUUUUUUCUAGCCUCGGCACAUUCGCGCUUCUAAGAUUUGGGGUUAGUUCGGAUUACAGGUCCUGCUAAGAGAAGAAAGUUUCGUUUUAACCAGACGUUUGGGUUUUUUAGUGCCAACAUGCCUCAAUUAAACGGAGGAGGAGGUGAUGACCUGGGAGCAAACGAUGAACUUAUUUCCUUCAAAGAUGAGGGCGAACAAGAGGAGAAAAUAUCAGAGAAUGUGUCGUCGGAGAGAGAUCUGGACGAGGUGAAAUCUUCUCUAGUGAACGAGUCCGAGAACAACAGCAGCUCAUCAGACUCCGAACAAACAGACAGGCGUCCUCGACCCAGACCAGACCUAGAAAGUUAUGAGAAACAGAGAGAACACUUUGCGGAAGCUUUGAGAAGACAACAAGAUGGAGGAUUUUUCAAGGGACCCCCAUAUGCUGGUUAUCCAUUUCUUAUGAUCCCAGAUAUUACGAAUCCAUACCUCUCCAACGGAUCGCUAUCUCCCAGCACACGAACGUAUCUACAAAUGAAAUGGCCUCUACUUGACGUUCCUGGCACAGCAGCCCUCAAAGACUCCAGAUCACCAACACCAGGGCACUUAAGGUGUUUUGUCAGCUGUUUUUCACUGUUUUGCUGGUCAGGCGUCUUCUCCUCCUACAGACCAACUUCCAAAAGUGGAUUUAGAGAGAUUUAUCAGGCUUCGCCCUUGAUGAACUGCAGGACUUGUUUGAACAAAAGAGUGCUGGUUGGAGCAGAGGUCAAACCCACUGCCUACAUAGAGUCCAAUAAGGUGCCGGUGGUCCAACACCCCCAUCACGUUCAUCCCCUCACACCGCUGAUCACCUACAGCAAUGAACACUUCUCCCCGGGGACGCCUCCCUCUCACCUCUCACCGGAGAUUCUCGACCCAAAGACAGGUAUACCAAGGACCCCUCACCCUUCAGAGCUGUCCCCAUAUUACCCUCUCUCUCCUGGGGCAGUUGGACAGAUCCCACACCCUCUAGGAUGGCUGGUUCCUCAGCAAGGCCAGCAUAUGUACUCCAUCCCUCCUGGGGGCUUCAGACACCCCUACCCUGCACUCGCCAUGAACGCCUCCAUGUCUAGCCUGGUAUCCAGUCGUUUCUCUCCUCACAUGGUGCCUCAUCCUUCUCACGGCCUGCACCAGACGGGAAUCCCUCACCCUGCCAUUGUGUCGCCUGCCAUCAAACAGGAGCCCAAUGGCGACAACGCCAGCAACUCGACACACGGAAAGCCCUUGGUGCCUGUGAAGAAAGAGGAAGAGAAGAAGCCUCACAUCAAGAAGCCUCUAAAUGCCUUCAUGCUAUACAUGAAGGAAAUGAGGGCCAAAGUAGUGGCCGAAUGCACCCUGAAAGAGAGCGCAGCCAUCAACCAGAUCCUGGGCAGGAGGUGGCACUCUCUUUCACGUGAGGAACAGGCCAAAUAUUACGAACUCGCCAGGAAAGAACGGCAGCUGCACUCUCAGCUUUAUCCGGGCUGGUCUGCGCGAGACAACUAUGGAAAGAGGAAGAAACGGAAGAGAGACAAUAAACCUGAUUCCCCACCAGAGAGUAGCUUCUCGCCACAGCCCAAGAAGCAGUGCAUCCCGUACCUGCCAUCCGAGAAAAUGUGUGACAGCCCUACCUCCUCGCACGGUAGCAUGCUGGACUCCCCCGCCACACCGUCGGCCGCCCUGGCAUCACCAGCGGCCCCUGCUGCCACUCACUCGGAGCAGGCGCAGCCCUUGUCCCUCACCACCAAACCGGAGGGAAGAGCCCACCACCCACACUUCCCCCUGCCAGGGAAAGCCUCGGGCUCCAGCUCCACUUCCUCUUCCUCGUCCACCUCCACCACCUCCCAUCCGAGCAUCUCUCUCCACAGCCAGUCGGCGACCCUCCUUUCCCGCCCCAUCCCGUUCACCACCCUGCCUCACUCCCUACUCUCCCCAUCCUCACCUUUCCACCAGGCAGCCCUACAUUCCCAUCAUGCCUUGCUGCAGACACAACCUCUCUCCCUGGUCACCAAAUCAGUGGAGUAAAAAAAAAAAUGACAAAAAAAAAACUUUUUACACCUGUAUAUUGCUUUGUUUUUACAUUUUUAUAGAUAUUAGACCAAGUUUUUAAGAUAGAAUGAAAAGGAAUAAUUAUUGGUCAAUAUUUGACCACCCCUCUAUUUUGCUUUUCUCUUUUAAACAAAAAUGUAUUUUUUUGUAAAUUGCCUUUUUCCAAUGUGAUUCUCCAAUGUUGCUACUUGUAUAAAAGACAAAUGUAUAAAGGUUUCUCCUUUUUUUUUUAAAGCCGUACUUGACAAAAUACAAUUUGUAGUUUUAGUUCAAUUCAAUCUAAUGGUAGUUAGGAGUUUGAUUUUUUUUUUUUUUUUUUUUUUUUUUUCCCAUUACUGCUUUCUUUUCUUCUCUCUUGUUUUUGUUUUUAUUUUUCGACUUCUUUCUUUUGGUACCACCUCACCCUGUUCCUAACCCUGUUUGUGUGACUCUCCUAAGACUCCAUAGCUAAUAAACCUCAAGUUAUUUCUAAA